GUGCUUGUCGUCAUUUAUUCUUAAUUGUGUCUCUUAUCGAUUGGUCAAUCAGCAUCGAGUAAGCGGUAUUUCAUAGCGUCAUCUAUACGAAUGAUCCCAGGCCACCCCACCCCACCCACCGGGCCCGCCUGCUCACUCGAGCGCAUCCAGCUGUUCGAUGGCCUGCCGCACUUUCUCCCACACCCCCUCAGGCGCCACCCGCUCCAGCGACCCGACGUCCAUCUCCCAACGACGCUGGCCGACCAUGGAACAGAGCGUGUCGAAGUGCCUGUUCUCUCGCCCACGGUUGCCGCCGAACAAUUCGAUGAGAGCCGAUCCGGUGCGCAUAUAUAGGCAAUGGGUCAGGCCCGCCCCAUGGACGCCCAUCAGGAUGUCAGCCGAGGUCGCCGUCAACACUUGCUCGGUGAAGGUGUGCGCCUCGCCAGGGUUGUAGUCCUUUAUUUGCCACCCCGACAAACGUGAGUCGGUCGCCGCCGCCUUGUCUAAUGACUGCCGCAGGGACGCCAGCAGCUCAGCCUCGUUGCCCACCUGACGUCACAACAACCCGAAUACACUCAUCACACGACGUCUGGCCGCACGUGGCUGUGGUGUGGCUAACGUGUCUAGCUGGCGUGUAGGUUUUGAUGUGGCCUCUUGCCUUGUCGACAACUUGCGAGUACGGCCGUCUGCUGAGCCACAAGAUGCGCCUCUCACGCCUCGGGGGCCACUGCCACUGUUGCCGCAAGAACUCAUCCGCCAUGGUGGUCGUGUUGCUCAGCUGGCCCGGACGUCUUUUGUCCAACGCCUCCACGGUGCUGCUGCUGUUGGUGUCACGCUGAGAGGUGGAGACGUUGAGUGCUGUCAGGACGUGUGUACGGAAUGCGUGCAUGAUGGCCGAUUCGCAGAGAUUGGAGUGCCCGUCGCCAGCUGGGUGGAAUUCGGAGCGAGAGUUGCCUCGCAACAAAACACGAUCGGCAAGAUGCGUCUGCCAGUCGAGGUUCAUGAGGCCCACACCGCCGUGAGCGCCAUGGACGAGACGCGAAAAGCACAGCUUGCCCUGAUAAAACCGCUGUGUGGCUGGUGAUGGGCGUGUGCCGAUGAAGACAGGGGGGUGCGAGGGCAACAUGCCCUGCCAGAAGUCGAUAAAAGGUCCCGGCGGCUGCUUGUCGACUGUCAGCACCCACACACGCACACAAAUGGAAUCUGUGUCUUUCUUCUGUUUCUCUUUUCUGUGUGUGUGCAUCACAGACUUGCGAGGAAUUGUGUUUCGAAGGGCGACAGUCCGGCCACAGCCAACGCGAUGAACGCACCCACCGCAUCCAGGUGCAUCUGGUUGAUGUUGGUCGGAUCCCACCUGCACGCACGCCCACGACACGACACGACACUGAAUGACGCACUCACACACGGGCCCAUAUCUAUGGUAUGUGGGUACCUUUCCAAAACAAGCACAGGAUGCCGCACCCAGUGUCUCUCAUCGCACACCACAUGGCCACUUGCAUUCGACUCGCCAUAAUAGUGCAGCUUCUCCAGAAACCGAGCAGGCGGGCUGUCUGAGAUGUCUGCCUCCUUCUCCAGCUGGAGGUCGGGAGUGCAGCCCGUCUGCACGCCCUCCCACUGGUCCUUGCCUGGCUGCCCCCAGCCCUUGCCGCCCGUUGCGUACUGCCACACAGCCGCCCGGAUGGCGACAAAGUCACACAUGACACGCGGGAAUUUGAAGUCGCCCUUUCUCAGAUAGCAGUUGACAGAUGACACAGGGGCGUCGUUGUCGCGUCGGCUUUGGCAGAUCUGCACCCGGAAGCCUCGCCAGCGGUCGAUGAAAGGCAGGCCGUACCAGUACCUGCAGAGGCCGGGCUCCCUGACCUCGUCAAGGGCUCGGUCGGCCUGCUGAAUCUCGUCAUAGAUGAGGCUGCACGCUGAGAGGCUGGAUGGAGCCGUUGGCUGAUGCUGGUCUGACUCACGUCUGUCGAAGUGCCACUUGGGGUGUCCACGGAAUUUGAUGGUCUUGUUGCCCUCUUUGUCCGUCUCCGUUGACAUGAGGUCACCGCCCUGGAACUCGCGGCUGAGAUUGGCGUGCCCUGCCUUGACGAACUUCUGCCUCACACGAGACAAGGCAAGGACACACACAGGAUGACAACAUCUGGUGCCCGUAGACGUGUGCUUGUGUGCAGACGACGCAGAAACGUCGUAAGGCCAUCUUGUGCGACGUCUCACCGUCUUGCGAACAUCUUUGGUUUCCGUGCGCUCGGUGUAGUAGGCUGUCAGGGGGACUUCGCACGGCUUAGGCUGGAGGUUCCUGCAUGUCACCAGAGCGACGCUGGAGGCGAGCACCAGGGCCUUAAGCAGGAGGGCAAGCACGACGGAUGCCAUCUGCAAUGACAUGCACCAAACGGAACAGAGCCAUCCCAUCCUAAUGGCACAAUGGGACGGCGCGGCAGUCAGCCCCCGGCCGCCUCGUCUCGCUCACCGUCUCGAUACCCACAGGCAACUCAAAUGGUGAAGGGUUCAGUCAGGGACACCCAGAGAGGCUUCCGGGACCGCAGAAACGAAGGCGGCAGCUGAGCGGCGCUCCCUGGCUUGAUACGAGGCGUUGUGUCACAAGGCCUCGUGGCAAAGCCCCCAGCGGAGAGGAGACGCCCCUAAAGCUUACAACCCGAAGAACGAAAGGGAUGGCGAGUUUACGAGUCUCGAAUCUUAACGACACCUUUGAGCUGCCAUCGAGACUCUUAACGCUAACAGGUGACGCCUGCUUUGCUGAGCCGCUGGCGAUGAUGGUGAUGCGUCGUUUCGCCCUCGAAUCAUCUUGGUGAUGUGCAGCCCAGCGCAACGAUGGCCGACGUAAGCUGAGGGGGGACACACACGCACCGAACCCAUAAAGGGGCGAAACUGACCCGCUCAGGUUGUUGUAUAGAUUGACGGCCCACCAACGAUUGAUCCAUCACACGAGAGCCACAAUCACACACUUGCGUAACACUCACUCGUCACCUUUGGUUCUGUUUUGCUUUGCUUUGCUUUGCUUUGCUUUGUUUUGUUUUGCCUUGCUUGUCUCCUCUCACUCGUCACCUUUGGCUUUGGCUUUGC